CAGUAUCGCAGUACAUCUUCAAUGGUGUACUUGUGUUGAUGUUCGAUUGUUCGCGUUAUUUUUUUAUAAUUAUUUAAUGGAUAAGUUUGUGCGUAUAAUUACGAUUUGUGAAACAAAAUUACUAUAUAGUAAAAUAUAUAUGAUAUUAUAAAACUAUAUUUGUCAGUUAGUGUUAAAUUUUAAUAUUUGUUGGAUUUUUCUUAACGAUUUGUGUACACACAUGUGAUCAAUACAAUCCUAUAGAAAAAGAGAUUUCUUCGUUUUUUGUGGAUUAACCGACAAUGCGGCCGUGAGAGUAAAACAAGACACGUCCAAGACAGCAGACAAGAUGGAAGAACGAGAGCCGGACGACAGUCCGGGCGUGCCGGACAUGACACUGAUGCCGGAGAUCACUGAGGAGGCCAUUAAUGACAAUCUCAAACGAAGAUACCAACACGACCUCGUAUACACAUACACUGGCUCUAUUCUAGUUGCGGUGAACCCAUACAAGGAACUGGGAUGUUACACAACGGAACACAUGCAAAAGUACAGGGGGAAGACCUUUGGCAGUCUACCUCCACACGUCUUCGCGCUCGCAGAGUCCGCUUACAGCUCUCUACGGAAUGGCGAGAAGAACCAAUCGGUGGUGAUAUCCGGGGAGAGCGGGGCCGGCAAGACAGAGACCACGAAGCUGAUACUGCAGUACCUGUGUGCGGCGGGCGGACAGGCCUCCUGGGCCGAGCAGCAGAUCCUGGAGGCUAAUACAGUUCUGGAAGCAUUUGGCAAUGCAAAAACAGUGCGAAACGACAACUCGUCCCGUUUCGGGAAAUUUGUGGAGGUGCGACUGGACCACAGGGGAGGAAUCAAAGGAGCCGUUCUCAGGGACUUCUUACUGGAACGGGCCAGAAUAACUGGGCCUUCCCCCAGGGAGACCAACUAUCACGUGUUUUAUCAGCUGGUUGAAGGAGCUAAGCACAAUGCGGAACUCCGCAACACGCUGCGACUCCGAGACGACGUGCAGUACAAAUACCUGCGGCCGGAAGACGAAGAGGCGCGUAAAGGCCGAGCUGGGGAGCAGGGCAAGCUGGAGGCGUUGCAACUCGCGCUAACUGUACUACAAGUGCCGCCGCAUAUGUGCGAGGGACUCUUUAAAGUUCUCGCUGCUGUACUUUGGUUGGGCAAUAUAGAAUUUCAGGAUGUAGACGGCGAACGCACAACGCUAGCCCCCUCGGACGCAGAAGCAGUGGACGCAGUGGCCAGUCUCCUCGGGCUGCAGCCGCCCACCGCGCAGCGGGUGUUGCUGGAGAGGCAGAUCAAUGUGCGGGGGAACGUUACUGAUAUACCGCUCAGGUUGCCCGAGGCGCGAGAGAACCGUCACGCGAUGGCGCGCGCGCUGUACUCGCGCACGUUCGCGUGGCUCGUGCGCCACGUCAACAGCUGCUCAGCGCCCGGCCACGGCGCGCCGCGGGCACUCGGCGUGCUGGACAUCUUCGGCUUCGAGAACUUCGCCUCCAACUCUCUCGAACAACUGUGCAUCAACUACGCGAACGAGAAGUUGCAUAUGUUCUUCAAUAAUUACGUCUUCGCGUUGGAGCAAGAGAUUUAUCGCCAAGAAGGAAUAGUGUACAACCAAAUCCAAUUCACUGAUAACGCCGCCUGUCUGGAACUGUUGGAGAAACCGCCGAGGAGUCUGCUGAAGCUCCUGAGUGAACAGUGCCAUAUGCCAAAGGGUUCGGACAGCGCGUACCUGACGAACAUCCAGAGCGAGUUCGGGUCGCACGCGAGCUUCGAGAAGGGCGCGCGGCGCAAGUGGGAGGAGGAGUUCGGCGUGCGGCACUACGCGGGCGGCGUGGCGUACUGCGUGCGCGGCUUCGUCGACAAGAACCGCGACACGCAGCAGGACGCCUUCAUCGACCAUCUCAGCCGCGCGCGCAACCCCUUCGUGCGCGACCUCGCCGACUACGCGCACGACCUGCCGCCGCCGGCACACGACUUGUCGCUGUCAAGUCCCAACUCCACGAAUACCACGCAGCGCGGGACAUCGAAAGGCAGACCGACCGUCGUGGACACCUUCAGGGCUCAGCUGCAAUCUCUCGUGGACAUGCUACAAGUCACUGACGUUUGGUACGUCCGCUGCAUAAAGCCGAACGAGAACAAAGAAGCGGGUAAAUACGACGAGCAGCUCGUGCGCGAGCAGCUGAAGUACCUGGGCAUGAACGAGAUCGUGCGCAUCCGCCGCGACGGCUACCCCGUGCACGCGCCCGCCGACCACUUCCGCGCGCGCUACGGCUGUCUGCUGCCGCAUCCGCGCGUGCGCAACCCCGACAUACAAGCAAUAAUAGCGUUAGUGAACGCACCGAAAGACGACUGGCAGAUCGGACACACGAAGAUCUUCAUGAGGACGUCGGUGCAUUCGCCGCUGGAAGCCAAGAGGACUGCUUUGCUGCAGAACUCUGCACUUUGCAUACAGAAGUGGUACAAAGGCACAGUGAAACGGCGGCAAUACUUGCAAUGGCGAAACGCCGCCAUCGUGCUGCAAGCGGCGUGGCGCGGCUGGAAGGAGAGGGCCGCCUUCCUCCGGCUGCGGAGGGCCGCCCUCACGCUGCAGAGGCAUCUGCGCGGAGCCUUCGCCCGGGAGGUGGCGGCUGCGCUCAGGGAGAUGAAGAAGGUCAACCAGGAGAUCAAGCUCCGCGAGGAGCAGAAACAGAGGAGCAGCUUAGCAGAGAAGGCGAACCAAGAACGGGCGGAGCUCGAGACAAUGGCGGACCAGCUCCGCGGGCUCACCGUUCCCGGGGCUUCGGACUCCGUCAACCUGGACAAUCUGUUCGACUUCCUGGCGGACGUGCCCGCGCAGAGGGGCGCCCCCGACGGGGAGCCCGACAAGCAUCAGCCCACUAUAGCAGAGAUCGGCGACUGCAUGGAGAGACUAGCUGAUGAUCUGCACCAAGAGUUGGAACAUGUCCUAGCAGCAGAGAUGAACGAACUGAGCAAAUCGAAAACCGAAUCCCAACGCAUACCUGAUGGCGCUCCGUCCGAAUCCAUCCCCCCUCCACCGCCAUCAUCUCUCCCCCUCCAAAACAUAACACAGCCAUCGUUACCUUUACCUCCAGUCAUAACAUCCAUGAAUGUAAUGACGUCUUCAAUGAAUGGAAUGACAUCUAUGAAUGGGAUAUCGAGUUCGGUAAUAUCGAAUGGCAUAUCGCCGAUGUCGAGCGGAGACUCGAUGACGUCAUCGCUGAUAUUACCCCCUCCCCCUCCGCCGGCGCCGCUGGAGCAGGAGGUGGAGCAGUCGCCGGUGUUCCCCCCGCCGCCCUGCCCGCUGCCGGAACCGGCGCACCCGCCGCCACCGCCGCCUGGUGGGAAAGAUUCCACCCCGCCCGAGCUUACCAACGGCGUGAUACCCAACGGCAAACUGUCAGUCAUCAACGGCAAGGAGCCCAUAUACGAGGCGGUCAUACCCAGGGUCGAGUUUGUGCCCGAACCUCCCCCUCUAGCUCCGCCACAACUGCCUGAGAAUAAUAAAUCCACCGCCACGAAAGAUCUAUCACCCGAGCCAGUAGAAGCUCCACUUCCGCCGCUGCCCGCAGCACACGAACACAAGGAUGACGUGCAGAAGAAGGUCACCCCCACCCCGCCCCCCAUACCGAUGGACACGUGCAUGAGUCCCCCGCCCAUGACGAACGGAGAUUCUAACAAUACGGAUCGCUCGGCCCGUCGCAAAGAGCGCGUGGAGCGUCGCUUACACCAAUUGGAAGCAACUUCGCCACCAAACAACGCAGCGCCACUAACCACUCCGCCGGCCGACGCCACCAACGAUCUGGCUGAGUUCGCCAAGUUGUACUUCAAUGAUCAUCCGAGGUCUCCUGAAGGCACAAUAAUGGCAACGUUGACGCGCAAGAGCAAGUCCAUGGAAGUCUUAACCAAAGAAGAAAUGAUAACGUACCACAAGGGGAACAACAUACCUACGUCACACAUACAACUGCACGACCCGGACAGCGUCACUGCUGCCGUCAAUAUAUUCCGAGAUUUGUGUCGAUAUAUGAGGGGUGAACUGACCGUGGAUAAAGAAACCCAAGUGAUCCAGUCCUUAAUAGGAAAAGGAUUGGAAAGAGAGGAGUUGAGAGACGAGAUUCUGGUGCAAUGUGUCAGACAGAUCACCGAGUGCCCUGUAGAGGAGUGGGCCGAGCGCGUCUGGCUGAUCCUCUGCCUGUGCGCCGUGGCGUGGCAGCCCAGCCGCGGGCUGGCGCGCUACUACUGCGCCUGGCUCCGCGCCCAGGCCCGCGGACCAGCUGCUGCUGCCUCGAGGUCUGCGCACUGCGCCCAGUGGUGCUUGGACAACUGCAGGGGCGCCGCGCCGAGGACUUUGCCGCCUAGCACUGUGGAGAUCGCUGCCAUGCGUCGCCUCGGCACCAUAGUCUGCCGCUUCUUCUUCCUAGAUGGUCGCACGAAAGCGAUAGACGUCCACCCCGCUGACACCGCCGCCGCGGCCGCAGCUAGACUCGCUGACAAGCUCGGCCUAGCUCCUCAGUCCAGGGCCGGAUGGGCGGUGUACCAGCAGAGAGGAGGCAAAGAGGAGCAUGUGCGGGCUACGCAGUACUUGUAUGACGUCAUCGCUGCCUGGGAGAUGCAACAAGGCCCAGGCGGUGGUUCCGCAGACAACCGCUUCGUAUUCAAGCGGAGGUUGUUCCGAGGCGGGCGAGAGUUGCCGCACGACCCGGUAGAGGUCGCCUUAUUGUACGCCCAAGCUGUUCACAGCGUUGUAAAGAUGGACGAGUUCCCGGUGUCGGAGAAGGUGGCGCUGCAGCUGGCGGGGCUGCAGGCGCAGGUGUCGCUGGGGGAGCCCCCGCCGAGUCCCCCGCCCCCGCACACCCGCGCGUACUACGCCCACCCUGACCAGUUCCUGCCCGCGCGCAUAGCCCGCGCCAGGACGCAGCAACAGUGGGCCACGAUUCUCGCGCAUGCGCACAGACAGUACGGCGCUGGACGGGCGGAGUUGACGGCGAAGGCGCUGUAUCUGUCGUGUGUGAUGCAAUACCCGCUCUAUGGUGUCACUCUCUUCCCGGUCACAUACAAGGGAUAUUGGGCUCACGGCCCCAACGUGUUGCUGGGCGUGGGUUCUGAAGGCGUGGUUCUGGUCCGGCCAGCCGACAAGGUGGUCCUAGCCGAGUACCCUUACAGCAACAUUGCAGCACUUCUUAUGGACCCAGUGGACAAUGGCCUCACCAUCAGUCUCACCCAUCAUGGGCAACACGAUGGAUUACGAUGCAUAGUUCUGGAGUCUCCACAAAAGAACGAGGCAGCGUGGCUGAUGGCAGCAUACAGUCCAGCUCUGGGCAACGGCCUGGCCGAGGAGCCGCCAAGACGAGCCGCGCCGGCGUCUGAGCGAUCACGCUUGGCCGCCGCCCUGAGGGCCGCCAGGAGAGCCUUGGUCGAUUCUGGUCUGCUGAGGCGACCGGCAGAUUUGAACACCACUGGAAACUUCCUCAGGAACACUCUUCGAAGACUAAGCAAACAUCGUCUGGAGAGAGUAAGACUGGAUAUAGCAGCAGAAACCCAGGCGGAAGCGUACAAGGGAUUUCCCAGCGCCUACUGGAGCUGGUCGAGGUCAUUGCCCCACAGCCUCACCAAGCUCAACGAGGCUGAAGAAGUGGCUGCUAUGCAGAUAUUCAAGGACAUAAUGAGCCACGCCGGGCUGAACGUGAACGAGGGCAGCACAACGAACCUGGCCAACAACAACAGCAUCAGCAGCCACAGCAGCCAGGAGAGCGACAGCGACGACAGAGUGGCGCUAGCGCAGGCCUUGUUGCAGCGGUGUCUGCAGAGGGACACGCUUUUGUGCGAGUUAUAUGUGCAACUUAUCAAACAGACCACCGAUCACCCGGACCCGUCGUCGCUCGUGUCCGCCCGCCACUGGGCGCUGCUGUGCGCGGCCGUGGGCGCGGCGCUGCCGCCGGCCAAGCCGGUGCGGCGGCUGCUGCUGGCCCAUCUCAGGUACCGCGGCACUGCGCUGCACGCGGGGGAGGAGGGCAAGUUCGCCAGGAGGGCUGAACAGAUUGCGCUAAGCAUCGCUCAAGUGCCGCGCCGCCUGGCCGCGCCGUCCAAAGAGGAGCUGCUAUGCGCAGGCGCACGACGGCCGCUGCACGUGCGCGUGCUGCUGCUGGACGGCAAGCAGCACGGGCUCGUGUUCGGGCCCGCCGCCACCGCAGACCAUCUCGUCACCAUGCUCAGGGAGAAGAUUGGCCUUAGUGAUGCUGCCACGGGCUACGCCCUGUACGAGGUGUGCGCGAACUCGACGCCGGCGGGAGCGGGCGAGCGAGCGUUGAGCGGAGCGGAGCGCGUGGGCGAUGUGCUGGCGAGGUGGGAGAAGGCGGGCGCCACAGCCGCCGCUUGCAGGCUAGUGUUCAAGAAGCGUCUGUUCCUGGGCGAGCGACCGUUGCACACGCAGUGCGCGGCCGAGAUGGAGCUGCUGUACUACCAGGUGCUGCACGCUGUGAGGCACGACCGGCUGCCCAUUGAGACCGACGAAGCGGUGAUGUUAGCAGCCCUCCACGCUCAAGUAGUGAACGGCGAAUGCGUCGGCGGCGGCGAGGAGUGUCUGGCGGCCGCCGGCGCCGUGCUGCCGCCGAGACUGGCGCAGCCGGCGCUGCCGGCGCCGGCCGUGCGCCGCCACCACUUGGCUCUGAGAGGCACUGACCCCCACUCGGCGAUGCAGAGGGCCUUGACCCUUGCGAGCUCGUGGCCGCUCACUAGAGCCACCAUCUUCGAUGUCAUGCAAUCGUUCACGUCGAACUGGCCCCGCGCGCUGUGGCUGGCAGUGGACGCGCGCGGACUGACAUUGCUGCGACGCGGGUCGCGCGCGGCGCUGGUGUCGCACGACCACUCGCAGCUGCUGGCCGUGUCCCCCGCCCCCCGCGCGCUGCUGCUCGUCACCCGCGCGGACCGCAAGCACGCCAAGCUGGUGCUCUCCACUGACCAGGCGUACCAGAUCGCGACACUGAUCAAGGACUACAUCGAGGCGGUCCGCGGGCCGGUGUCGCCGGCCGUGGCGCCGCCAGCGGACCCGUGCGGCGCCGCCGUGGCGCGGCCUGCAGACACGUGACACCCGCACGCCUAGUGCCAGUGCUUCCACGUCCGACAGUAAGCGGGACACGGGGGAAUAGAGCGCACACACAGUAUUUUCUCGCCCCCUGCCAUUCAUUAAAAGUAAGCUAAAAUAUGAUUUGUCGUCGUCAAAUAUUGUUAGUUGCUUCCUGUGAAGGUAACAUCGCGAGGAAUCCUGCGCACAGGUAACUGGUUGAGUAUUUCGUUUACUAGUGUGUAAGCGACUACUUGCCUUAAAAUAAUUCUGACACGAGUGUUAGCAACGUAAAGUGCGAUAGUGACAAUAUAUUAGCUAAACGUAUGCUUUUACUUUUUAUGAAUGGCUUUUAGGGCUUGAUUUUUUUCAAAAAGUCCCCUACUUUUUGGAAAGACAUUGAGAAAAUACUGGGCGUAAACUCUGAUGGGAAAUGACCGGUGUAAACGUUUGAAAACAAAAUUACAAAACGAGUUUACUUAAGUUGUUAACUAAAUUUGUAGUAAUUUUUCAAUCUGAUCAAGCACACGUGUUGAUACGGUCGUCAAUGUGCAAGUGGUCCCUGGUGUUGCGGUGACAUCUUCUCGUGAAUGUGUAAACAGUAAAUUAAAAGUUAGCUACUAAAUUGACUGUUUACACUUGCAGAUUACCCUAAAUAUCUAGUUAAUCACUUAAGAACUCAAUACGUGUAAACUACAUAUAUACGCCUGAGCGAACAAGUGACAAACACGCCUGGCGUGUAUAAUGUGUUACUUGCCUAGUGUGUAUCUAAAGCCGCGUAUCCACUAUGCAACAAAAUUAAGACGUCUCACCCAUUUCCAUUGACUCAAUAGCACUUCGUUAAUCUUUAUGGAUACGCGGCUUAUAAAUUUGAAAUGUGGCGUGUGUAAUAUGUAAACUAUACACGCCAGGACGAUUAGCCUGAGCCUCAUAUACACAUCUAAUUUAAUACUAAAAACCCGUGCUCGGUGAUAUUUGUAAUUUUUAUAUACUGUGUGCCAGUCAGGUCCGAAACUGGAAAUGAAUGAACAAAAUUAUUCAUAAUAUGGGGACGAUCAUAGGAUCUAUCAUCACAUACUUCUCGACAACCGACAAAGGAUAGGAAACUUUUCCUUGGUGGAAGUACAAAUGGAACUGCGUCGUUGAAUUCCCAAUGUGCUAGGUAAAUGAUUACGGAUGUGUAUACGCCGCUCUAGUGAAAGUUUUCAAACGUUUAUAAUGAAUCUAUUCCGGUAAAUCAGUGCUACGACGGGUGUAGCCUGAGUGAUUCUAGUGACUAGUUAAAUUUAUGCACAGAUUAUAAAUAUUUUUAUUUUCUUCUUUAUGAUUUUUAUGUAAUGUUAAUCAUAAAAUUAUAGAUAUAAUAAAGAUCUAUUUACUACUGAAAAUAAAGUUUAAUAAGUGUGCAAAAAUGUAAAUUUAAAUGAUGACUAGAAUUCCAAAGGUUACAUGCAUGGUGUAAUAACUCCAUAAGGAUAGUUUCUAGUAUAAUCUAGAGUAAAGCAAAGGAGUUACCGACAAACCCGCCGUCGCACCGAGUCGUGUCGGAAAUCUAUUGAUAGAAGUAAAUGUCGAAUUGUGAAAUACAAGUACUUCCACAAGUACUAAUGGAUAAACCUACCAGAUUGUUAUAAAGCUGUAUCUGGUUGAAUGAUGCAACAAGGACCUUGUUAAUUUUAAUGGAUCAUAUUACUACAACUACACUUCAGCGUUUCUUCCAGUUGUGGACAUAAAAUGUGUGACAUUAAAUUUGACAGUACAUCUUCUAGUUGCAUUGAUUUUUUUUAAAUUGCUGUGUAAAAUUGUUAUAAGUUCAAAAAUAUUAAAUAAAUCCGCAUUUACUUCAUACACGGGUCUGGUUCAUGUGGUGUUUGGUUUUGAGUGACGAGAACGGACGAUUUUCAGUUGCCAGAAGACGGGGAAGCAAAAAUCCAAUAUAUAAUAAUAAUUUACCAUAAGCUCAACUUUAUACCAUUAUACCAUUGUGAACAGAAUAUAUUCCGCUCUUCCUUAAUGUUACGUCAGUAUUGUCGUUGUUAAAUGCAUGUUAUACAUAAUCAUGUUGCAAGUUAGAUAAUGAGCGUUAAAUAUUAAGAUGUUUCUCAAGUUAAUAGUUUUAAAUCUAUUUUAAUCCCCUAUUAGGUUAACUAUAAGACUUGGCUGUAUAUAUAUUUUAAUGGUCAGUAAAAAUAUGAAUUGAGAAACAAAUGAUCUGAUUCAUCAAUUGACAAUCUUUGCCAUUAUAAAUCUUGUAGUAAUAACGUUAGAUGCUAGUUUGAUUCAAUUAUAAUAAUCCUAGUUAAUUAUAGACAAGGUUUAUGGCAAAUAUUUCAAACAAAUUGAAAAUCUAUCGGAAGUGUUAUGUUGGUUAAACUGUAACCAUUAAAAUAUUAAUACAAACCAGGAAAUCAUUUACACUAAACCAAUCCCACUGUAAUCCCUACUCUAUAAAAUACGCAUCAUAUCUUAUUAAAAUUGCUUUUAGUAAGUUAUGCUGCGUGUGAUCUAAGUCUAAGUCAUAAUCACUUUCCUAUCGUUUCAAGAAGCAUAGCAUUUGCUCAACAUAUUCUUCCUAUUCGUAUAGAUAUUUUAAUUUGCGUCAACUAGCUAGACUCUUGUUUUGUGCCUUGAACUGCUGGAUUAGGGAGUCCCUACUUUUAUUGACGAGGAAUCUGCUUUAACAGGUGUGGAAUAACUCCGAGCCAUCCGAAUGGUAUUAAAGACCUAAUAGUAUUAGAGACGGGGUGUCUCUAAUACUAUUAGGAUGGCUCGGCGCGGUCAACGCCGAUGCGGAAGAUAUUAGAAACACCCUUAUGCCAUAGACAUAAAGAUUAUUUCUCACUGGCAAAAACAGGUUCUGCGUCGAUAAGUGUGGAAACACCCUAGAAGUGCAGAGGACGGUUUCCAUCGCAUCGACUCGGAAGCCCCUCUGCAGACUAUCUGGCAAUGAUAUUCAGUGAGCAAUUCGUGCAAAUUUAUUAUGACUGCAAAAUAAUUACAGAUUGUUUCAAAUGUAUUUGAUAUAUCUUCUAUCAUGCAUACUACAUUAUAUUGCACAAUGUUAUGUCUCAAUAUUUUAUGAAAAUAUAUUUGAUAUUGUAAAAUUAGAGAUGAUAUGGUAAGCAUUUUACCUUUAGUAAUGCUAGGUGUAGUUAUGACGAUAUCUCGACUCACGGGUUUUAGACAUAUGUUUCUCAUACUACCAACGAUGUAAAAUUGUAUUACAUGAACAAUAUAAUACUUUAACAUUUAAUUUAAAGUCUCUCAGUGUACUUCCUUGUAUAUGGGUCUUGUGAAUUUCGCAUAUAUAAGAGCCAAUGUUUAUUGUACAUACAUGGCUAUACUGAUAAAAUCUCAAAUCGUGUGAUAAAUGUAACGAUUAUGUAGUCUUGGACGCGUAGUGUCGCUCAUCAUAUCUUCUAUAUACAGAAAUAGUGAAAUAUAUAAAGGCUUGAGCCUCGUACGAACAUCAUGUUCUUUAGAUAAUUUUUCAGAGUGUAUACAUUUAAUUUUAUAAGUCUGUUUGGUGCUUAGAUUCCAUUGUUUGCUUAGCUUGUAUUUCUGAUCUCAUAUUGAGUAUUAUUUAUUUAGAUGCCAUAUUUUGAUAUAAUUAUUUGAGCAAUAUACGCAUAGGUUUUAUUUAUUCUGAUUAUACUAAGACAAUUUUUGUAUAUAAUUCAUAAACCAAAGAAAUUGUCAGUUUGGGUAUUGUUACCCUUUUAAGUUUGAUUUUUUUACUUGUAUGUACAUAAUGACUAGAAUAAAAGAUUAUAACUAGCAUACUCGGAGUGAAUUUCUCGUAUAAUUAGAGCUGAAAUUAUAUGUUAAAUUAUUGCAAUGUUUGGCAUUCAGCGAUACAUUUACUCUCUGACUUUGUGCUCUUCACAAUACUACACAAAUCUUAUGACAAUUCAGAUGAAUUCAUUGACACGUCUAUGUAUAAGAGAUUGCACUAUAAGCAUUAGACAAUAUAUUAUCUUCUUGUGGAAUAAUUUCCUGUAGUUUUAAGGCGUAAUGACAUAAGAUUAACAAUCGCAAACCGAAAGGUUUCGACAAGCACCCCAAUAUGCCCUAAUAGACUGAAAGUGUCCAAAUAUUUUAUUCUUUUUGAUGGAUUGUUUUUGUUACAUUGUGUAUGGAAUUUUACCCUAUUAUUUGAAUGCCAAAUAAAUAACCAGUAAUAAAAAUAUUGUUUUAAUA